AUGGAGAUAGGAAAUUACUCUGCCACAACUGAAUUCUUUCUUGUGGGGCUUUCCCAGUACCCAGAACUCCAGCUUUGUCUGUUUGUGCUCUGUCUCAUCAUGUAUCUGAUAAUCCUACUAGGAAAUAGUCUACUCAUUAUCAUUACCAUCCUGGAUUCUCGCCUCCAUACCCCCAUGUACUUCUUCCUUGGAAACCUUUCAUUCUUAGAUAUCUGCUACACAUCAUCAUCAAUUCCACCAACGCUUUUUAUAGUAAUGUCUGAGAGAAAAUCCAUCUCCUUCAUUAGCUGUGUUCUACAAAUGGUUGCUUCACUUGGCUUGGGCUCUACUGAGUGUGUCCUCCUGGCUGUGAUGGCCUAUGACCGGUAUGUAGCCAUCUGCAACCCACUGAGGUACCCCAUCAUCAUGAACAAGGUGUUAUAUGUGCAAAUGGCUGUGUGGUCUUGGGUCAUAGGCUGUCUGAACUCUCUAGUACAAACAGUCCUGACAAUGGUGCUGCCUUUCUGUGGAAAUAAUGUCAUUGAUCAUAUAACCUCCCACCUGACUGUGGUCAUCUUAUUCUAUGGUUCAGCUCUUUUUAUGUACAUGAAGCCCAAGUCAAAGGACACAAAGACAUCUGAUGAGAUCAUGGUACUGUCUUAUGGAGUUGUAACCCCAAUGUUGAACCCUAUCGUCUACAGCCUGAGGAAUAAGGAAGUAAAAGAAGCUGUUAAGAAAGUCUUCAACAGACACUGCAUAUAUGGAAAACAUGAGCCUGAAAUACCCUCAAAGAGGGGAAAAGUUGCCCCAGCAUGGCGAACUAGGACUGAUCUGGUCAUGUGCAUGCCCUGCACCACCACUGCUGUUCCCCCGCCCCCGGGUUGCUCCUGCAGGACUGAACUAGGACUGAUCUACCCUCAGCAGUCCCCUGUCCCCGGGUUCCCCCAGCGGGGCCAAACUAAGACUGACCCAGCUGGGCGCAUUCCCCGCACAGCAGCUGCUAUUCCCCUGCCCCCCAGUUGCCCCAGCAGGGCUGAUCAAGGACUAUUCUGGCCACUGCCAUUCCCCUUCCCCCCAGUUGCGGGGGGGGGGCAAACAAAAACUGAUCCAGCUGUUGCCGUUCCUCUGCCCCCUGGUGGCCCUGGUGGGGCCGAACUAGGACUGAUCUGGCCACUGCUGUUCUCCUUCCCCUGUGGCUACAACGGCAGGUCAAACGAGGAUUGA